UUCAGUUGCAUUUGUGAAACGGUUCGGAACGGUUCGAAUGCUAAAAUAAAAACGCUCGCUUUAGUUGUAUUCAUAUGGCAAGUUUUAUGUUGGAAUAAAUAAGAUUUCUGAAUUUAUUUUCGGAAACAUUUAAGACAAAAAUAAUUCAAAAACUGUGAUAACUGCCGCUUCAAAGAGGAGAAAUCAAUUUGAAAUGCGAAAAAUUUCGUGGUUAUGGCUCAUAAUCGGUUUGUCCACACUCUUCGUUAUCGAAUGUGCAGAAAUAUGUAAGAAAAAAACUUAUGACACGCUACGUAACAAAAUUAUCGACGCCGAACGCUCGGUCGCAGUGGGCGGUAAUAUUUGGUUGACCUCGGCUGAGGAUAAAGCAAACAGCAUAUUAAUGAAUGCCAAACGAGCCGAGAUGGCGGAAGGUGUCAAAACACCAGAGAAAUUUCCACCCGCCAUGCAUUUCUUCCAAGGCAAACAGUAUUUGCGACAGAGUGAGGUCUUUCGUAUUAUACAAAAACUGCCCAAGGGGGCGCUACUGCAUGGUCACAAUACGGGUAUGGUCAGUUCACGCUGGAUCAUCACCAAUUUGACCACGCUGUAUAAUUUGUAUACCUGCCGAGAUGUAAAUGGUCUACUGAUGUUCACCUAUGAGCAGAGCAAAUGUCACAGUGAAGUACAAAACGUGUGCUUAGAGCGCAUUAAUGCUGAGGAUCGGCGACUCUACGAACGGCAACUGGAGAAACAUAUCAAUAUGUAUACUGUACAUCCGGAAUCCAUGAUUACCGAUAAGCGCAAGAUAUGGCAACGCUUCUAUAAUAUUUUCAAGAGUGUGGAAAAUUUUUACAGUUAUCAACCGGCCUUCUGUAAUUAUCACAAACGUUUGCUGGAAGAACUAUGCGAGGAUAAUAUAUUUUAUGCUGAACUGAGGUCACCACUUACGCCGCUAUAUGGCGAUAAUAAUCGCACAAUGAAUGCCCUGGAAGUAGCCAACGAAUUGGAAGCUAUCGUUGAGGGUUUCAAAGCACGUCACCCAGACUUUGUGGGACUCAAGGUGAUCUAUACGAAACCAAAUCAAGGCACAGUGGAUGAAAUGGCACAGCAUUUGAUAACCUUUAAGCAAUUGCAUGAUGCCAAGCCGAAUUUCAUUAUUGGCUUUGAUUUGGUUGGACAAGAAGAUACCGGUGAUCCGCUGCAUAAAUUCGUCAAUGAGUUGACCGACAUGCCACCAACUGCCAACUUUUUCUUUCACGCUGGAGAAACUAAUUGGUUUGGAAAAACCGAUUGGAAUCUAAUGGACGCUUUGCUGCUCAACACUAAACGUAUCGGUCACGGUUAUGCACUGCCGAAACAUCCAAAUAUUUGGUCCACCGUCAAGAAACGUAACAUUGCCAUCGAAGUUAGUCCGAUUUCUAAUCAAGUAAUGGGUCUGGUGUGGGAUUUGCGCAAUCAUCCCGCUACAUUUCUUAUAGCCGAAAACUUUCCGAUUGUCAUAACUGCCGAUUAUCCAGGCAUUUGGAAUUCGAAGGGAUUGAGUUACGAUUUCUAUUAUGCCUUCAUGGCGCUGGCGCCAGCUGAGGCAGAUUUGCGGUUUCUCAAACAACUCGCUUUGAAUUCGAUAAAAUACUCCAUUUUAACAUCAGAGGAACGUCGUAAAAUAAAUCGAGUUUUCCAGAAGAAAUGGGAAGAAUUCAUUUAUAAUGUGAUUAACUUGAGAUUCUAAAAGUAACGAGUUUAUUAAUUAAGUCAUAUUUAUCAAAUCAGUAUUAUAGUACUACUAAGAUUAGCGCCUAACAGUGUAAUAAAUUUUUAGCAAUUUUACUAAAAUACUAA